UAUUUUACUAAAAAUAACUAAAAUAACCGUAUCAUUUAGAUUAUAUUAACGAUAAAAACAUGUACAUUCAAAGUGUCGGUUUUAUACUUGUUUGAAAUAAACUAACUUAUUACCGAAAUAAUAACUUAAAAAUAACAUUAUAAUGAAUAGAGCCUCGUUUUAGAAAUGACAAUAAAAAGCGAUUAAGUAUGAGUGCAUCAUGCAAGUUUUUGAUGAUACUUAAGUGUGUCGUAAUGAUAAUUAGCAAUUGCUCUGCACAGGAGGGCACGUGCACUAAGGUAUCGAGCUGUAAGUGUACGUACCAAGAUGGCGCUAUAGUUGAUCUGACCCCUCUAGCCAAUACGGACGGAAGUGCAAGAUAUUCAGAUGUACCCGGAAGUGUUGCCACAACCUUAUACUCAUGGAACCCAUGCAACAGUUUUACAGAAAGCACGUGCCAAGAUGUUGCGGUUAUGUCAGUUAACAAGGGAAGAUUUAGCCCCCUGCAAUAUACUAAGCCAGGGGCCAGGGUUUCAGCAAAAGUUCACGAACUGAUGACCAAGGGCAAAUUUAGCAUUAGAGUACAGUGCCGAAAAGCACUCCAGGGCGUGCUUAAUUCUGCCGAUACGUUAACAGUUACGGAUGAAAGAAAACAAGAAGCUAAAUAUUUUCUGGAAUUAAGCAGUCCCCAUUGCUGUCCAUCUGGUAUUCCACACGAUCAUCUCUCCGUCGGAACAUAUAUUACUAUAAUCUUCCUGUCGUUUGCAUCUCUGUUCUUUGUCAUUGGAAUAUCUAUACAAAAAUUUGUUAGGAAGAAAACCGGUAAAGAUGUUAUCCCAUUUGUAGAGUUUUGGAUCCAACUGCCGGGCCUGGUAAAGGCGGGCGUUUUACUCAUCUUGUGUCGGAGUAAACAAGUAUCAUACGAGAACUAUUAGCAUUAUAUCAAAGCAACUGCACCUGAUAAAUGCUCAACACAGUUUAUCCCUAACCACGGGACUAUAUCACGUGACUUUUUAUGAUUUGAGUUGGGCAAAAAACCAAUACAACAGAGGGUCCAGGUUUGAUUUUAUUGUUUAACUGUUCAAGUUUUUCUGAAUUGACAAAACUAUAAAGUGUUGAACAUUUUUUUCCAAGGAACCAUUUUAUGUUAUGCAUUGGUUCUCGCUAGAAUGAGCAGGCUGUUCAGUUUCAUAAACAAAUAUGUUCAAAUAUUUCAAAAUCUAUAGUAGAAAAUAAAACGUGGAGGACCGUCUUUUGUAUUGGUUUUUAUGCCCACGCAAAACACAAAAAAAUCACGUAGUAUAACCAUACAAUACUUAUCUUCGGCGAAUACGACAUAAAAGUUUGCUUUAUAUAAUUUUAAAAUGACAAUAAAAACAUUAUACGAGAUUCAUGUCAUAUCAUUACAACUUCAUGUAAACAACACCGUUUUCCUCAUAUAAAGCGCGACCUGUAAAUAUAUGUUAUAUAUGUCUAAUGACCUUGAUAUUAUGUUUAUGUAUGUAUGUAUGUUUGUAUAUAUGCUGUGUGCUCAUGGGUAUAAUACCCACAUGUAUUCGGAAUAAAAUCUUGAAAAUCUUGAAUCUUGUAAAAUGUUGAAGUUUCAAUUUUCAUAAAUGUACAACGUAAUAAAGUUAUUCUCAUACACUUAAUGUUUACCAGCGCUCUGUAAAAUGCAAAUGUAUCACCCUUUCCUUUCUGUGUAGACAUUAUUAACAGAAAUAGUUGCCUGUAGAAUUUGAAAUACAGUGAACAACGGGCUAACUGAUUGUUGAAAUUCAUGUAUUUAAAGUGCUAUUUUGUCAUGCUUACCGAAUAUUAUAGUCAAGUUUUAUUACGCAAAUGGUUUGCUUGUUUAAUGUGCGAUCUCAUAAGUGAAAUUUGUUUUUAUUUUCUACAGUUUCAAUGCCAAAAACAAAUGUAAAUUUUAUUUGGCUGAGUGGUUAUGAUUGAUACAUUCACUUGGCCCUAACUGCUGCAGGUUAAAACCGAGUAGGAACUGUAAUUUGUUCUUAAAACAAAACAAUCUUUUUAUAAAUUGCCUUGAAGUUAAGUAAUUCUCCUUGUGUGUCGCCAGUUACUAAUGCAGGGAGGAUCGACUUAAAUCUUUCUCCAACGGUAUAACUGUUAAGUUCACAUAUAACCCAGAAUGUCGGUGUGACUUCACACACCCCUCGCCAUGAAAAUAAAUGAAAUAAAAAUGACAUUUCCUAUAUUUUACAAAAGCAUGUGUAUUGCAAAGUCAAAUAUGUUAUGAAGGUUUGACAUUUACUUUUGUUAAACAACACAGCGUUAACGUUCAAACAUUGCUCCACACAUUUGUUUGAACAUAAUGAAAAUUGUUAUCUGUAUUAUACGAGUAAUAUCAUCCUUACAAUUAAAUGAAAACACUGUUGUUAAAGAUAUUCUAUACUCAUCCUUAGGUAAAAUAUUUAAAUUACAGAAAAUUAUUGAAAUCUAUAUAAAUCUUAAUAAAUAUGUCUUGUUUAAAUAAAAGAGUUAAUAAAAUAUGAAUUUAGAAUUUUAAACACAACUUAUGCUGUGUGUGAAGUCAAAAUAUGUUUAUUUUAAUAUUUACAAAGAGACUGUGUUGCAAUGAUAUAAAAUUAGAGCAUAGUACAUCUUUAAACAUCACACGUUUUACCUGCAAAAUAUAAAAUGACGUGAAAGAAGAAAGGUUUCUUAAUGUUAUAUGUACAUGAAUUAUAUGUAAAGCAGCGAAAAUUUAAUCAACGAGAAAUCACCUAUAUCACUUACUGUACACCUUCUACUUUGACUCAUAAAGCUUUUCAGAAUUCUUAAUGGGAAAAAAAAUAAGAUGCAUUGAUCGAAUAUUUCCAUUAAAAUUAACCUUUGUGAUCUGGAUGGCAUAUUUAUCAAUUGAAAAUAACUAGUACAUUAAAGUUGUAACAGUUACACCAAAAUGAUAGCUAUAAACUUGAGUUAUUUUCGUACGCCAAACCGUUGAAUGCUUGUCGUGCUUCUGUUGAUUAAAGUAUACAUGUGUAACAAUAUUAUCUUUUCUGUGUGCGUUAUAUAUU